GAGGGGAAACGAAACAAACACAAGAUGGAAAUGAUGGUGCCGCUGAUGAGCUGUCAGCUGGCAGUACAAAGCUCAGAGGGCUCCCUGUCAGCUGUGGGGCCCCAAGCUAUAAACAACGCUCACCAGAGAGUGGCACAGCUGACACCUGCGGUCCCCGUCCACUCCAGAGAUGAUAAAGAAGAUCAGCUUCGCGGUGGCUCUGGGGAUGGCAUCCCUGGGGGCUUUAUCAGGGCAGAAGCUGCUUUGCCAGGAAGAUGGAAAUGUCACAGAGGGAAAGAAACGCUCAGAGGAGGAGAGAGCCACAAAGAAAACAAAUCCCAGGCCUGGACCGACCCCUGGGCAGCAAAGACAAGCAGCAAGCAGCAAGUGCAUCCUGACUGGCUUGUGGAGGAACGAGCUGGGCUCCAAGAUGCAGAUACAGGAAGUGAAAGGGGAUGGCACCUUCUCUGGUGAGUACAAGACAGCCGUGUCGCUCGCUCAGAGACCCAUCCAACCUGCGUCCCUCAACGGGUCCCAGCACUUCGACAAGGCGGGGCAGCCGACAUUUGGCUUUACUGUCAACUGGAAAAGCUUCUCAGACUCAACCACCGUCUUCACGGGCCAGUGCUUUGUGGACGAGAAUGGGAAGGAAAUUCUGGAAACCAUGUGGCUGCUGCGAGAGAAGGCCAAAGGCCCAAAUGGCUGGGAGGCGACCAGGGUCGGCACAAACGUUUUCACCCGGAUCAAGGGGCAGAACGUGGAUGAAUCUGUGAGGAGCGAUGGUGCCCGGUGACUCAGCAGCACUGUUACCCCACUCUGCAGCCCCAGAGCUCCUGGUCCCCCCCAUCUGGAAUUGUUCUGGGCUCUCUCAAGAGCAUCUCACCUGGUGUCAGGGCUGUUUGCUGGGCU